AAGGAGAAGAGUUCACGAUCAGUCUGGGAGCACCACACCGACCGCUAUGAACAGUGGGAUCUGCGUGUGUGUGUUUCUCGCGGUUCUCUACUCGGGCUGCAUCGGCAGACUCAUCAACGGGUCUGAUGAUGGGAAUCCAAUUGGCAGGGAGCUGAAGCAAAGCAUUGCCAUGCACCAAAGGCAACUUCGGGAAGCCCAGUCCACUGAUCAGGUGAAACCUUUCCAGAGCAGUGAGCAAAGAGCCAACCUGGGAGCUCUGCUCACGCAAUACCUUCAACAACUCAGGAAAGGUUCUUUGGAUAGAGGCACCCUUGUGGGAAGCAAAUUGCAGAACCUGGAUCCCUCCCACAGGAUAAGUGAUCGGGAUUAUGUGGGAUGGAUGGAUUUUGGUCGACGCAGUGCUGAAGAAUAUGAAUACGCAGCGUAAAGAAAUUAUAGUACAACCACAUUCCCAAGUCUGUACAAAAGAAGAAAAAACUUUGAUUUGAAGUCUUAAAAAUGAGUGUUUCAAAUUCUAUUCACUAUGGUCCUUAAUGUGAAUUUGUUUGUAAGACUGU